AAAAUGGUGAUCGAACGGAGUCCCAAAUCCAAAAUAUUUGAAACAACAAUCAAAUUCGUAAAAUGGCAGGUCUCCGAGCGAAGACGUUAAUGUUCAUUCUGGUGGCCGCGUUAGCCACUCUUGAUCGCACAUUUGUCGAGGCAGACUUCAAGAAGAAUAUGAUCGUUACAUGGGGUAAAGAUCAUAUUGGUAUGACUGGUGACAACCUUCGUCUUGUCCUAGACAAAUCUGCAGGAUCUGCUAUUCGAUCAAAGGUGGCUCAUUUGUUUGGAAGCGUAGAAAUGCUCAUCAAACUUGUGCCAGGAAAUUCUGCUGGAACCGUUGCAGCUUAUUACUUAUCAUCUACGGGAAGUGCACACGAUGAGAUAGACUUCGAGUUCCUUGGGAAUGCGACUGGUCAGCCUUACACAAUCCACACCAACAUAUUUGCUCAAGGGCAAGGAAACCGCGAGCAACAGUUCCGGCCCUGGUUCAAUCCAACCACUGGUUUCCACAACUAUACCAUCCAUUGGAACCCAUCCGAAGUUGUGUGGUUCGUGGAUGGAACUCCGAUCAGAGUAUUUAGGAACUACGAGAAAGAAGGAAUCGCAUACCCAAACAAGCAAGGAAUGAAAGUGUUUGCGAGUCUAUGGAACGCAGACGAUUGGGCAACACAAGGAGGACGAGUGAAGACUAACUGGACACUAGCACCAUUCGUGGCCGAGGGUCGUAGGUACAAGGCAAGAGCAUGCUUGUGGCAGGGACCGGUCAGCAUCAAGCAAUGCGCAGACAAAACUGUACGGUCUAACUGGUGGACAUCACCAUCGUUUAGCCAACUAACUCCAUCGCAGCUGACGAGGAUGCAAAAGAUAAGAGAUGGGUUUAUGAUCUAUGAUUAUUGCAAAGACACUAACAGGUUUAAAGGUGUUAUGCCUCCGGAAUGCUCCAAGAGGCAGUUUUAAUAUAAUGAAAGUUCCAUUUUUUGUUUUUUGUUUUUUGUUUUUUUUUAAAAUAAUUCAUUCUUCCAAAUCUCUCUGUCUUUCAUGUGUGAUUCAUCUAUAACUUGAAUUUGUGCAAUCUUAAUAAACAAGGAGAAGUAUUUUUCUUUU